AUGGGCACAAUCGACGACCUCAAUCUCAUCACACAACAAACUGCAGCUCACGACGUUGUAAUUCACACUGCGACCGCCGACCACUUGCCCUCUGUUCAAGCCUUUAUCAAAGGCAUUGAACAGCGUGUUACAAACGACAAACACACCUUCUAUGUCCACACCAGCGGCUGUAGCUUCCUAAGCGACGACUCUCACGGAAAGUUUAGCAGCGAUAAGACCUAUACCGAUACCAAUCCGGCAGAUCUGGAUACACGACCAGACACUUCCUCGCAUCGUAGCAUCGACCUCGCCAUUCUGGAGGCUCGUAACAAGCUGGGCACCAAAGCGAAGCUUUUCAUCAUGCUACCUCCGUUGAUCUACAGCGCUUCAAGCCAUGGCAAGUUGUCGAUUCAGGUUAUCACCAUGGCUCGCUUUGCCUUGAAGCACAAAUAUACCGAUCUGUCGUAUGGUUAUGUCACCAUACCCCACUGGCUUGAGAAUUCGCCAGACACCGUGUCUCUGGAGAACCCGUACUUCUUCUGUGAAAACGGCACAGAAGCUAGCUGGGCUGAAUGUGCAGGCUUCAUUGGCAAAGCGCUCAAGGCAGCUGGUAAGAUAGAGGAUGCGACGCCCCUAGAGAUACCAUCAGAGCAGUACGAGGAUUUGUUUGGCAAUUACAGCGAUGUUGUCAUUGCGUCGAGUGCGAGGAACAGGGCGGACCGAUUGAAUCAGCUCGGCUGGCGGCCGAAGCACACAGAUAUCCGUCUGGCGCCCAGGGAUGAAGAAUUGCCGCUUCUGCUCAAGGAAGGUGGUGAAUUCAAGGGUUAUCCAAAGGCGGCGGCUUCGGGCUCGGGCUGAGCUAGUGGCGCACGCGUAUGCCCAGUGAGAGUCCGUCCAGGCGCUAUGCUGCGUGGCUGGUCAAAGUUCUUGUGGCAAAAAGACAGCCAAGCUAGGUGUCAUGUAAGGUAGUCUCAAAUCAUUCACAAAAGCUUGGUGACCUUUUCACUUUUGGAGAAGUG